ACAGAGGCUACUAGUGGGUGGUUGUGUUAGCCAGUCAGUGUAGCCCUGACUAGCUGAAGGUUCGUGUCAGAGAGAGAGACAGACAGACAGAUACACAGACAAACUAGACAGAGAAAGAGAGAAAAGCGAGGUGGAAGAGAUAAGUAGAAGAAGAAUGGAUAAUAAAAGUAAACAGAAGAAGAAGUGGUAGACUGGAUAAAGAUUGUAUCAAAAGGACUGCAGAACUAAAUCCUAUAGGACUGUUCCUCAUGGAGUCAUAACACUGGUCUUGACUAUCGUACAAUAACCAACUAUUAUCGUUUUACUGCAUCGGAAAUAAAUAUACUAACGUUGACGUGUCGUACCGUAAGUGUUUGGUGUUUACAUAAAAAAAAGAUUAAAGUUUAGUGAAAUAUUAAAGUGACAGUAAGAGAUGAAUAGUGAGGUUUAAGUUACUUUUAUGUUGUUAACUCGUGGUGGGUGAAGGUGGGGUGAUGGUACAGAGGAGCGUGAUAAAAGAUGGCUCGUGGUGUGUUAGUUGUGUUGAUGUGUGUAGUUCUGGUGGUGAUGUUGACUGAGACACCAGCAGCGUCAGGAGCACGAUGGGUGAUGGAUCUCAGUUACGAUGAUACGAGUUUCCAUCUACAGGAGGAGUACCGUCGUGUUGACCCUCAGGCGGCCCAAGUGAGGCUCUCCAUGUUCCUGGCCCAGGAGCUGCAGGCUGGUGGGGACAAGAAGGACGCAAUUCGUGAACUUCUCCACCAGGCUCUGAAGGAGCACCGUCGACGCCUGCCACAGAUGAGACGACAGGUUUCCACAUCUGAUGGAGGAUUCAACGCGACGUCGCUGAAGAAGUGGUUUUCUUCGUGUGUCCAUCACCAGGCGCCAAAUUCCUUCUUCCAAAACCUGGAGCUACGACACAGCCAGAAGGUCGGGAUCAUACCAGCAUCCCUCAACUCCAUAGCCAGACGUCGGAAGGCGGACAAGGUGAAGUUAAGACGUUCUGCAGUAGACGGUAGAACGAGAGGAGGGUCUUCCCGGCAACGUGAGGGAGGUGGGCGUGUGCGACGUGAAGACCCGGCAGUGAUGUAUCUUCCUCUGGGUGGAGACUCUGGUGACUGUCCAGAUUCUGUCGACGCCGCCGCCGUCAGCAUCUCACAGCUGGUGUACUUGUCACUGUCUCUGGGUGUCUUCACAGCCGUGGCCAACAUAGCCAAUAACAUUAACAAUAACAAUAACAACAAUAAUAACAACAAUGACAAUAACAUAAACAGCAAUAAUCUGAACUUCGCCGCCAACGCUAAUGCGGGGAACCAGAUUACUGUCCAGCUGCCGCCUCCUUCAGGCCGUGGAAGACGUGACCUUCACGCUUUGUGGCAGCAACACCUGGGGGCCCUCAGGCACCGCAGAACCACCAGGAGCACCGAGAGCCUCACACACAGACUGAAGGAACGGCGUCAUUCAGGUACCUGGUCUGGGUCGUUGACAGAGCCUGACGAGUCUGAGGCGGCCACACACGUGACCACCACCAGUGACGUGACAUCAACAAGUGACCCGCCGGUCAUGGCUUUAGACUAUGAUGUAGGACAACCUCAGACUACAAGAGGCAAAGAUACUAACAACGUCCUCCCUGGAUCAUCUCUGCCUGACGAAGAUAGUAUAGCAUCCCUCACCAAGGAACAACCUAAACCAUGGUCCACCAUGAGAGAGUUCAGACGAUACUCGACGAACGGAAUUUUGUCCGGGAAAGAAAAUUUAGUAAGUUCCCUGAAUGAUCUAAUCCUGGAGGAACAUCAUCGUGGAAUCAUAAAAAUAGCGAACCGUCAUGACCACUACCUCCCACUCCAGGAGGUCCCUCGCCUCUUACGCCACCUCUAUCGUGAGUACAACCCGACGGAGGCGUCCGUAAGUUACCCACCUGGUGUUGAAGAUAAAGUUCUCACUGUCACCCCGACUCUCACGAGUCUCACGCUGCCAACACUGUGGUUCUCGGGAGGGUCUGGUCCCGGCAGCCUUCCACCACGUGCUCCAGUUCAAGAUUUGUUAUCAUCCUCGAGACAUGACGCCCCAACCAUUGUCCUGUUAACAGAAGACGCGACAUCAUUAUCCUCAUCAACAAGAGACGUCUCACCAUCACCUACAUCAACAAGAGACGUCUCACCAUCACCUACAUCAACAAGAGACGUCUCACCAUCACCUACAUCAACAAGAGACGUCUCACCAUCAUCUACAUCUACAAGAGACGUCUCACCAUCAUCUCCGUCCAGCACCUCACUACCAACACCCCCAAACACCACCACUACCAACCCUUCUCCUCCUGUUAGUGCAGAAGGCAUCGGGGCAACUUGGGCACUGAAGGCGGCCAUGACGUGGGCGGUGCAGGCGUCCAUGUCCUCACCACCGUGCCUGGGACGCCGUCUGUGCCAGCUCCUGAAGACGGCGCCACAGGGAAGCAUCUGGAGCCACGCCUUAGCUGGGUAUUAUCUACAUACGUCUCUCGCCCGCCACACCACUUACACCUUCACUGACUAUCUGAGGGAAGCGCAGCAGGGGAAGUGCCAUCUCCUCUUUCCAAAAUGCUGGGACUCAACACUCUCCAUCGUCUACUGAAGGAGGUGGUGAAGAAGGAGUGUUGGGUCAGUCUUCAGUGACGGUGGCCAGCUUCGGGAAGACCAUGGCGCUGCAGACGGAGAAAAACUUAACACAACGUGGACUGACG